GGGACUCGACGCCUCUCUCUCUCCCUCUGAGAUCAGUGGGUGAGAGGGGGGAGACGAGCAACACACAACGGAGAACCCGGCGUGCGCCUCCGUCAUCAUCUUGUUGGCUCAUCCUUUCAUCACACCACCGGUCCUGGAUCCCGCAGCCACGGUCCUGGAGCCUGCAGCCUAUAUCUGAAUGACGGGCGGAAGGUUUGACUUCGACGACGGUGGCACUUACUGCGGGGGGUGGGAGGAUGGCAAAGCCCACGGACACGGAAUCUGCACCGGACCCAAGGGCCAGGGCGAGUACGCCGGGUCCUGGUCGCACGGCUUUGAGAUCGUAGGGGUGUACACCUGGCCCAGUGGGAAUACCUACCGCGGCUACUGGUCCCAAGGGAAGCGGCAUGGGCUCGGUGUGGAGAAUAAAGGAAAGUGGAUGUACCGCGGGGAGUGGAGUCACGGGUUUAAGGGUCGGUACGGUAUCCGGCAGAGCCACAACACACCUGCUAGAUACGACGGUACCUGGAGCAACGGGCUGCAGGAUGGAUACGGGAUCGAAACCUACGGCGAUGGCGGUACCUAUCAAGGCCAGUGGAUGGGUGGGAUGCGACAUGGCUACGGCGUGCGUCAGAGCGUCCCGUAUGGCAUGGCCACCGUUAUCCGCUCUCCUCUCCGCACGUCUCUGGCCUCGCUGCGCUCUGAGCAGAGCAACGGCACCGUGCUCCAGGACCUCUCCUCCCCCGCAGACACGGCGACAGGCAGUCGUGGCGGCUUCGUGCUUAACUUCCACUCCGACAGCGAGGUCGUCACCGGCAAGAAGAAGGGCCUGUUCCGCCGAGGCUCGCUCUUCGGCAGCCUCCGGCAGUUGCGAAAGUCUGACUCUCGGACCUCAAUCUCCAGCAAGCGCAGCUCUGCACGCAGCGAUGCCGCCAUGAGCCGCAUCAGCUCCAGUGACGCCAACUCAACCAUAUCCAUCGGUGAUGGCGAGCUGCCGGAUGAGGAUUUACCUCUGGAGGACCAUGUGGAUGCCACCACCACCGAGACCUACAUGGGGGAGUGGAAGAAUGACAAGCGCAAUGGAUUUGGUGUUUCAGAGAGAUCCAACGGGAUGAAGUACGAGGGAGAAUGGCUUAACAACAAGCGCCAUGGGUACGGGUGCACAGUUUUCCCAGAUGCCACCAAAGAAGAAGGGAAGUACAAAAAUAACGUGCUGGUGCGUGGAAUAAGGAAGCAGUUGAUUCCUCUUAAGAACCCCAAAACCAAAGAGAAGGUGGAUCGAGCUGUGGAGGCGGCACAGCGGGCUGCAGCCAUUGCCAGGAGUAAAGUGGAAAUAGCAGCUUCCAGAACGGCCCAUGCCAGGACAAAAAGCGAGGCUGCAGACCAGGCCGCCAUCUCCGCGGUGCACGACUCAGAAAUUGCCAGAGCGGUUGCGAGGGAACUCUCCCCCAACUUCUACCAACCAGGACCUGACUACUUAAAACAACCGGUGAAGGAGCCUGUGGAGAUUAAAGAGAUCCCUGUGGAAAAAAAGGAAAAGUCCCCAAAAGAUUCUCCCAACUUCUACCGCAAAGGUACCACUCCUCCCCGCUCCCCUGUGGGCAGUCCUGUGACCCCGCCUCCCCCCUCGCCUCACUCCAGCAAGAAGAAAGGUCAGCUCGCCAACAGCACCAGCCGCAAAACCAGCAAAGAGGAAAAACCUUCCCGCAAGUCGAGCAAAGAAGAGAAGUCAAGUCAUAAGACGAGCAAGGAUGAGCGGUCUAGUAGAAAGCUGAGUAAAGAGGAGAGGCCGUCCGUCACUGAUGGCCCCAAAGGUUCUCAUGUGCAUGCCGAGGCUCCACCCAAACCCGCUAAGGUUCAGCAGCCUGCCGCGGCCUCUGCUCCUACUCCACAGCCUCCUGCGGUCCCAGUCAACGGCGAGCUCCACAGCGAGUACCACAGUUACUACGUCAAGGCCCCGACAAGGAUCCCUCCACCCCCGGACCCCGAGGAGGACAUAGAAGAAGAGCCGAGUAUCCUGGACCUGGCACGCAUGCCCCCACAACCCCCCAAAUCCUACAGUAUCCCUCCUAAGCCAGCCUCCCUACGGGAGAACAAGAGCGACCCGAAACUCAGGAAGCAGGAUUCCCUAAAGCCAAAGAGCCUCGCAGACGCAAAGAAAGCCAGUAUGGAGAUUGCAGAGAACAUGGAAGAAACAGGUCCUAACUCGGUCCUUGUUGCUAUGGUGAUGCUGCUGAAUAUUGGCCUUGCAAUUAUAUUUGUCCAUUUUCUGACAUGAUGAUGCUGUUUCUAAGUGAAACUAUGGCAACCGGUCCAGUUGCAUCGCCGGCCUUGAGAAAUGAAAAUGGUGCCAGUGAGACACGGGGCGGCCGAAGGUGUUUAGGAACCAGCGUGACACCGAGGAGAAUCAGGAAGUGAAGGCAUCGUCACGGGCCUUCUUCAGGGCCCGCCCUGUCAAUUAGCUCCUCCGGCUUCUCUGACAGCUGAGGUGAAAUGUCGUGUCUAGUGAGAUAAAUAAAAAUAAAAAAAGUUUUUAAAUGCAACCAAACAUACACAGUCUGAAAAAAGAAGUAAUUGAAACCCACACGUGUGCUGAUCCAAGCACUGGUCUCUGUGGCCCGCCGCCUUGGCAGAGCGAGCGGCGGGCUGACGGACUUUGCUGGACGAGUGUGGAGAUGCACUUUUAGAUGACGGGAGCAAACAGCUGCCUUUCUAUUUUGCCAUCUGACGUUUUGAUGGGGAGAUGUGAGGGGAGGGGGGGGGGGCACAGUCGCAACGGGUGCUCCGGCGUUGGGAGCGUUUUCUGGGAUUCACACUACUCUUGCAACAGGAAACUGGGCACGGCCGGUGCCAGCAGCAGUCAGUGCUCGCACGGUCACUCGCCAGUCUUACUCUGUUUACCCAAUCACCACCGCAGCGUUCUCGAGCUCCGUCCAUUGUAACCCAGGAUACACUGCUCUGAAACUCCCCGUGCAUGGUACAGUUUGAACAUCUUGUUUUUUUGUUUUUUUUUGUUCAUUGUUGUUCUCUGAAUGUUACCUGCUAGUAGUUGAAAAGGAAAUUUCUCCUCCGCUCAAAAAGAGUAAAUAACUUUUAGUUUUCCCUUUUUAUUUUGGAAAUGUUACUCAUCUCUAACAACUGAGUUGUAAUUUGACAUUACACAUUCAUGUUACUGAAAGUGCAAUAUGUUUUAUUUUUUCAAAGAAAAGCUUAUAGUAUAUUUUGCCAAAAAGAAAAAAGAAGGGGGGUUGUACCAUUAUAUUUAAAAAAUCCUUAUGUUCCAUUCAUUUUGUCAGACUCUCAUAAUUUGAAUAUUCUGGUUUUGAGCCGGCGUUGUGUUUAGGAAGGAGGUUCCCACUUUAAAAGCUACUGAGCUCUGUGAGAGUGAAGUAAUGUCUUAUGUUAUUUAUUAAACCAGAAGGAAACUUCAUUGCACAUGUCAAUGAACCAUUUUGCUUGAAUUCCUUCGCUCUAUUCUUUGCUUUCAAUGUUUCAGUAAACCACUAAAAUGCAAAGACGCCGUCACGCAGCUGCUUCUGUCGGCCCGGCGGCGCUCGCGUGCGUGUCAGGCUGGAUGGAGACGUGUGGACAGUGGAGGUGGAAUUUAUUCAGGUUGAGGCCAUGGGGAAUGUGGCACCAGGGAGGAGAGAUGCCUUUAAAAGUCUUUAACAGUACUUCUGUUUACCUCAGAAAAAGAUGAGGAAGGGGGAGGGGAAGAGAUGCCAUCCUUGUCUUAACUUUGUCGCGUGGGGAACACUUUGACUGUUGUCAUCACCUGAAUCACGCUUUUAACGAGCCUCAUCGUAGCUGUUUGUAGUCUUUGUUGCAGGUAUGGCAUGAGUUUCUUUGAUUUUAAAAAGUGGUUAUUUAUAUGGUUGACAUUUACUGUCGCCACUACCGAGGUUAAUUAUUUAUUCAAUGUAAACUUAUGUGUUUGUGAGCAUUGUCAUCAUAAAAUCAUAAAAAAGGGCUUUAAUAUCGAUAGGUUUUCUUUGCUGCAUUUCAGUUUUGAAGUUCCACUGUUACACAACGAGCAGCUCAUGAAUGCUUCAGUCUGUUUGCAAAACGUCCACAUAACUAUUAAAAUAUAUUCAAAAUGUGGAAUAGACAAUAAAAGCAGACCAGGACACUAAAUUAUUCACAAACAUUGUUAUAUUACAAAUGUGACGCAUUAACAGUUUUUCACCCUUUCUUUGCCACACCCUCUUUUCUUGUUUUGACGGUCUUCACUCGAGCAUGGUGGAGACGUUUCGGAGGGUUUAACAGAACAGUUUAUGGGAUAUUUUUUGAAAUGCAACAUUGCAUGUUGGAGUCAUUUAUAUAUAGAUAUUAUAUACUAUUUGUAAGGAUUUUUACAGAGCACAAUCCAGAAUCUGGUAUGAGUUGGUAUUUUUCUAACAAUUUGCACACCUGUAUUUUGACAAUGAAUAUAACUUGUUUGUAAUUGGUAAUGUAAUGCACAUAUGAUAAUGUUUGACAGUGAAAAAAUAUAGUUUAUUUCUAAUUGGUUGUACUGUAUGUACCAUUUGGGGAAGUGAAAGGCAGAUGUAUUGUUUGAGUAUUUCAGGAUAUAACGAGGAACUGCGGGAGACUUUUGAUAUCUCAAGGUUCAUGUUACCCCACUGAUUUGUGCAAAGUCUUUGGCGAUGAAGUUAUGUGUAUAACAAUAAAGAUGUUAUGCCUUGUUAAA